CGGCCUUAAAGGGGCCGCGCCCCGCGCGGGGCUGAGCGGGAGCGGCGGCAGCGGCGGGAACCAUGGCAGAGAAGAUCCUGGUGACGGGCGGCGCCGGCUACAUCGGCAGCCACUGCGUGCUGGAGCUGCUGCAGGCGGGAUUCGUGCCCGUGGUCAUCGACAACUUCCACAACGCCAUCCGAGGCUCCGAGCAGCUCCCCGAGAGCCUCCGGCGGGUGCAGGAGAUCGCGCAGCGGCCCGUGCUCUUCCAGGAGCUCGACAUCACGGACGAGGCGGCGCUGCAGGAGCUCUUCAGCAAGCACCGUUUCUCGGCCGUCAUGCACUUUGCGGGGCUGAAGGCUGUGGGGGAGUCAGUGCAGAAGCCUCUGGAAUAUUACAGAGUGAACCUCACCGGGACCAUCCGGCUGCUGGAGACCAUGAAGGCCCACGGCGUGAGGAACAUCGUGUUCAGCAGCUCUGCCACCGUCUACGGGGACCCCAAGUACCUCCCCCUGGACGAGAAACACCCGGUUGGGGGCUGCACCAACCCCUACGGCAAAUCCAAGUUCUUCAUCGAGGAGAUGAUCCGGGACCUCUGCAGAGCAGAGAGGGACUGGAACGCUGUCCUGCUGCGUUACUUCAACCCCAUCGGCGCCCACGAGUCGGGGAUGAUCGGAGAGGAUCCUCAGGGCAUCCCCAACAACCUCAUGCCCUACGUGGCUCAGGUGGCAGUGGGACGCCGGGAAUUCCUCAGCGUCUUUGGGAACGACUACAAGACAGACGAUGGAACAGGAGUCAGGGAUUACAUCCACGUCGUGGACCUGGCCAAGGGCCACAUCGCUGCUCUGAAGAAGCUCAAGGAGAACUGUGGCUGCAAGAUCUACAACCUGGGCACAGGCACCGGCUACUCGGUGCUGCAGAUGGUCCGGGCCAUGGAGAAAGCCUCGGGCAGGGAGGUGAGGGCAGCCUGCAGGUCACAGGCACAGGGCAGCUGCUCCCCCCAGCAGCCCUGGCACCGUCCCCUCAGCCCUGCGGGCGCGAGGGAGACGUGGCCUCCUGCUACGCUGACCCCGCGCUGGCCGAGCGGGAGCUGGGCUGGAAAGCCGCCUUUGGCCUGGACAAGAUGUGUGAGGACCUGUGGCGCUGGCAGCUGCAGAACCCCACGGGCUUCAGCAAGAACUGAGCUGAGGCUGCUCUGAGCCAGCCCUGCCUUCUUCCCCAGGAGCUGUCACCGUCCUGGGAGAGCAGUUCCAGCUCCCCCUCCUGCCUGUGGCAUGGGCAGGAAGGCUGGAGCAUCCUCAGCCUCCCCACUCCUCAUCCUCAUCCCCCAGGUCUUUGCAUCUCAGAGAGAUGCACAGCAGAGAACAGAGGCAGGGCCUGGCUUGGCCCCCCAGGCGAUGCCCGGGGGCUGCAGCCAGCCCAGGCUGGGAGCAGCUGCUCCUCCCUGUGCCCUGGGCAUCCAGCACUGGCACAUCUGAGUCCUGCUGAGCCCAAAGUGCAGCAGAGCCCCCAUUCCCUCCUGCCCCACCUGGCUCAGGGGGAGCCCAAGGCACCUCUGCCCUGGCACAGAGGGCACCAGGGACCUCCCACAGGGACCUCCCACAGGGACCAGUCACAUUCCAGGGCCACCACGGCUCAUUUCCUCAGCCCAGGGCUUCCUCCACUCCCCUUUUCCCUGCCCCCAUGGUUUUGGGGACCAAAUCUCAUCUCCCCCCUCUCCUGCUGAGCCAGAGGAGCCCCUGCCCGGGCUGUGCCAGCCUGGCCUGGCUGCCCACAGCCCCUCAGUGCUUCUGUGGCAGCCACUCCCCAAAGCCCAUUGCCAAAGGCUGCCCAGGAGCUGGCUCUGCCCCCCUGGCCCACACUGCUCCUUUUUAUUGCUGGCAGCUCCCAGGGCUCCAGGGGGCAGGGAUGACGCAGUCAGCCCCGUGUGCUGGCAGCUGGAUGAAUAACUUAUGCUCCUAAAUUAUGAAUCGAGCUUUUGAUUUGUUUUUAAAAUAAACUUUCCUACUUUCUAA